GCCAUUUUCAGGCAUUCAAGAACUAGCAGACUGCACUAUAUAUAUGUCUCCAAGCUUUUCUUGGCAUUAUCAGUAAUGGAGAUUUCCUCGGUUUUCAUUACUUUGGGAUGCUUACUAGCAUUAGCUAUUAUUUCAAAAGUCAUCAUAGAUCAAUACCCCAAAAGAAAACUACCACCAGGUCCGAGGCAAUGGCCAAUUAUAGGCAAUUUGAACCUUCUCGGUUCACUCCCACAUGAGUCUUUGCACCAUCUUUUACAAAAAUAUGGAGAUUUGAUGUUCUUAAAGUUUGGUUCCAAACCUGUUCUUGUAGCAUCAUCUCCAGAAAUGGCUAAAGAGUUCUUGAAAACACAUGACGCCAGCUUUGCUUCUCGUCCUGCACUCUCUGCAGGUAAGUACACUAGCUAUAACUACUCAGACAUGACAUGGGCACCUUAUGGUGCAUUCUGGCGACAAGCUCGAAAAAUCUACCUCACCGAAAUAUUUAAUCCCAAAAGGCUUGAGUCAUUCAAGUAUAUUCGUGUUGAGGAAACACGAACUUUGAUUUCUAGUCUUCACACUCUCUCAGGAAAGCCAGUUUUUCUCAAAGACCAUUUACCUCGAUUCACACUUAGCACUAUGAGUAGGAUGGUUAUGAGUGGCAAGUACUAUAGUGAUGAAUCAAAAUCAAAUACUUCAAUAGUAUCACUUGAAAAGUUGCAGUGGAUGCUAGAUGAAUUCUUUUUGCUUAAUGGGGUGAUCAAUCUUGGGGAUUGGGUACCUUUACUGAGUUGGUUCGACUCACAAGGGUACGUAAAGAGAAUGAAGGCAUUGGGAAAGAGUUUUGUAGAAUUUCACAAGUCUGUUCUUGAAGAUCACAAGGCAAAAGCAAAGGAGAAUUCAGUUCCAAAGGACAUGGUUGAUGUCAUAUUGCAGCUGGCUGAUGACCCUAAUCUUGAAGUUAAGCUUACUAAGGAUCACUUGAUGGGAUUAAUACAUGAUUUGCUGGCAGGUGGAACAGAUACUUCAGCUGCAGCAGUAGAAUGGGCAUUUCAAGAACUUUUGAGGAAUCCAAAGGUUAUAGAGAAGGCAAAUCAGGAACUUAACAGAGUUAUUGGCAAAGAACGAUGGGUAGAAGAAGAGGACUUUUGUCGCCUACCAUAUAUAGAUGCCAUAAUCAAAGAGACAUUUCGACUGCACCCACUAUGUACAUUGCUUCCUCCCCAUUACUCAAUUGAGGACUGUAAUGUUGCUGGUUAUGACAUACCAAAGGGAACAACAGUAUUUAUAAAUGCAUGGUCUUUAGGAAGAAAUCCUAAGUAUUGGGAUAGGCCAGAAGAAUUCAUUCCAGAAAGGUUCUUAGAAAAUGACAUUGACAUAAAGGGACAAAACUUCACACUGCUGCCAUUUAGUUCAGGAAGGAGGAGGUGCCCCAGAUAUAGCCUUGGGAUUAAGGUGGUCCGCACAACGAUAGCUAACUUAUUGCACGGGUUCAAUUGGAAAUUAACUGGAGGUAUGAAAGCAGAGGAUAUAAGCAUGGAGGAAAUUUAUGGAUUGACUACACAUCCAAAGAAGCCGACAUCUAUGAUCAUGGAACCAAGACUUAGCAUCCAUCUUUAUUAGUACUUUAUUGAGUUUAUUAAUCUUUAUCAGUAUAUGUGGUUUACUACCAUUGAGAACUCCUACUAUUUGAAGAGAUGCAAUCCUAAUUGAAAUUCCUUUGCUUUCA